AUGAUCGAGUACAUGGAGCAAGUGCUACGAUCUUUUGAACUAUGCACAGGAUGGAGCCGAGACAAUAGCUACGAAAACAUUACUGCAACCUCUGAGAAUUUACUAAAUUUUGAUGUUCCUGCAGGUCUUAAAUGCCAAGUUUCAAACAAAUCAACACCAAACACGUACUCAACGUUCGAACUGUCGAAUAAUAAACUCAUCAAUGGAUCUCUAGCAUAUCUUUACACCAAUUGCAAAGGUUUGGAGAAUUACAUUAGCAAUUCCCGCGACAUACAACUACAAGAUGCGUCAGAAACAUAUCGACAAAUCAGGCCGCUGUACCGGCAUCGUGACUCCAAAAAGGAGUUCGAACCGUCAAGUUUAUGGUACGGACGUAUGUACUACCCAACCUCUACUUUAGAAGCAAUGGUCGCCAAAAGAUUGAGCCCUGAAACCCAAUUUGUCGCUAAAUGCCUCAGCAGCUUGGCACAUACGAGUGUUUUGACUUUGUAUUGGCAAAAGGACUCCGGCCAAAAUUGUCAGGAGUGGAUAGCAUCGUCAAAUGAAGGCCUCGUUGGCUACCGUGUAUUGCACAACUUUAUUGGCAGCCAGUCUAAGCUGAACAGCUCGCUCUACAAUAACUCAUCACUGUCAAUAGGUGGUGAACUAUGGUUUGGGCUGAUGAAUACCAGUCCAGCAUGUUCAACAACUCUCAGGUACUGCACGCACUCAGCGAAUACAGGAAAACCAUUGACACUAACCUUGUCGUGGAAUCCAUUAUUUGGUCAUGUCUCCUCGACUUACUCUGUUAAGGCCUCAUCAGGCGCGACUAUUAGCUCAAAGUAUGAUUUCAAUCUGUACUCGAUAGAGUCCAAUCUUUCGUUUGGCUGCGACCUCUGGAGGAGUGGUAAUAAAAAAUCUAAACUCAAAGCUCACGAAGACCUUUCAGAAGCUGCUUCAACACGUAACUCAAAGUACGCAGAGGAUAGUCCCAUGUUUUAUCACUUGAUGGCAGGGUCCUUGAAUUCUCAAAAGCUGUUGGAUGACCUGAACGUAACCUUCGCUUCAUCAUUGCAUAAAAUCAAUAAAGAAAGGUCGAUCAUCCAAAAAUUUGAAAACUCGUUGAUAGAUGCCAACUUCACAAGUGUUUGGAGGCUCAGCACAAGUUUGAGGGACAAAAAUCUAAAAGUUCUAUGGGAGGGAAAGUACAAAGGGUUUCUGAUUUCUGCUGGUACCGAACUCACGAACGGCCCACUCGAUCUUCCAUCAAAUCUUGUCGAGGAGCCGAAGAGUGCGAGUUUCUUUAGACCAUCAAAGUUUGGAGUUCAGCUGCAGUACUCUAUGUAA